UACUGGGGUCAGGGGUCAGAGUGGGUGGUGGGUCUCGGUGGACCCCCCACCCCCCUCCCCGGCACCUGGGCCGGGCCCCGCCCCCACCACUCACACCAUGGCGAGUGUGGUGGUUAAGACGAUCUGGCAAUCCAAGGAGAUCCAUGAAGCCGGAGACCCCCCGGCAGGGGCUGAGAACCGGACCCCAUUGGGGCCUGAGGUCCCUGGGGCUGGAUCUGGCCCAGGAAAGGGGAUCGCCAAGAAAAAGAAGGCUGUGUCUUUCCAUGGGGUGGAGCCCCGGAUGUCCCAUGAGCCCAUGCAGUGGUGCCUGAAUCUGAAGCGCUCCUCAGCCUGUACCAACGUCUCCCUCCUCAACCUGGCAGCUGUGGAGCUUCCUGACUCCGCCAGGAUUGAAACCACCACCGAUGAGUUGCCAGUCUUGCCUGCCUCUGGGACUUCCUCAACCCCAGCCCUGAACCUGCCGGCCUCAGCCCCAUCCUGGGCCCCUGAUGACCCUGACAUCGCCGACCUGCUGAACGGGGUGAACAGCGGCUUGCUGAGGGCCAAGGACUCCAUCACCAGCCUCAAAGAGAAGACCACCAGGGUCAACCAGCACGUCCAGUCUCUUCAGAGUGAGUGCUCGGUGCUGAGCGAGAACCUGGAACGCCGGAGACAGGAGGCCGAGGAGCUCGAGGGCUAUUGCUGCCAGCUGAAGGAGAAUUGCCGGAAGGUGACCCGCUCAGUGGAAGACGCUGAGAUAAAGACAAACGUCCUGAAGCAGAACUCGGCCCUGCUGGAGGAGAAACUCCGCUUCCUCCAGCAGCAGCUGCAAGAUGAGCCCCCCCGGCGGCAGGAGAGCGACCUGCCCGAGCUGGAGCAGCAGCUGGAGGCCGGACUGUCCCGCCACUCGCUGGUGUCUUCCUGCCCCACCCCGCCCCCUGAAGAGACCAUCCGGCCCCCGAGUGAGCCCGAUCCCCAGGCCGAUCCCCCGACCGAGCCGCAGCCCGAGCCCCAGCCGGAGCCCGAGCUAGAACCCGAGCCCGCUCCAGUCUCCAGCCCUACUCCCACGCCCCACACGGGCAGCCCCACGGAGCUCUCAGGGCCCCGGCUCCUAGUCAACCCCGGGGACGGGCCCGAGGGGCAGGGCCAGAGCGAGGGCCUAGGCCUGGCCCAAGUUCAAAGUCAGAGCCGCACCGGGGAGAGCGGAGAGCUGGAGCUGCAGAAGGUCACCGCCGGCCUGGAGGAGCUCAGGGUGGAGCGGUCUGCUGUGUCCGUGGCUUCUCUGCGCGGGGAGCUGGAGGGCCUGGGGCCUGUGAAGCCGGUCCUGGAGGAGCUGGGGCGGCAGCUGAGCAGCGCCCGCCGAGGCUCCGAGCUCUCCAUGUCCUUGGACAGGCCGGGCUCCUGCACUCGCUGCGGCAGCCAGGGGCAGCAGUUGUCGUCCGAGACCCUGCAGCAGCUCCUGGAGCGGGCCCUGACACCCUUGGUGGACGAGGUGAAGCAGCGCGGCCUGGCCCCCGCCUGCCCCAGCUGCCAGCGGCUGCACAAGAAGAUCCUGGUAGGCCGGGGAGCAGCGGGCGGCCCCAGCGGGGCUCGGGGAGAGGCCCGGCGGAGGCCCCCGGGACACUGGGCGCUGCCUUCUGUCCCUGCAGGAGUUAGAACGCCAGGCGCUGGCCAAGCACGUGAGGGCCGAGGCGCUGAGCUCCACUCUGCGGCUGGCCCAAGACGAGGCCCUCAGGGCCAAGAACCUGCUCCUCACAGACAAGAUGAAGCCUGAGUGAGGGUCCUGACCCCUGACCGCACCUCCCGAUGACCUCAAGUGUGACUCUGCCCUCAUCUGCCCCCAGUGGGUCCCCUCGCCUGCCCGCCCCGACAGCCUCCUGACCUCACGACUCCAGCCCCUGCCCCUGACACGACCUCCGACCCCACCCCCCUGCCUCUGCCCCAGCCAAGCCCGCUUCCUCCUCCUCCUCCCAGGGAGAAGGUCGCUGCUUUGGACUACCUGCACCUGAAGAUGUGCUCCCUACAUGACCAGCUCAGCAGCCUCCCCCUGGAGGGAUCAGCCACAGGCCUAGGGGGAGGGAGUAGUGGAGGAGCCCCUCCAAAGCGUGGGGGCCCUGCACCUGAGCAAUAAAACCUCAACCCCAGCCCUA